AUGAAGGCAGGCCAGUGCUGCUGUGCAGGCUCCAGAACCUUCGUAGAAAGCUCUAUUUAUGAUAAGUUCGUUGAACGAAGUGCAGCGAGAGCAAAAUUGAGAACUGUUGGAAAUCCAUUUGACUUGAAAGUUGAGCAAGGACCCCAGGUGGACGAUGAACAGCUGAAGAAAAUAUUAAGUAUGAUAGAUUCAGGAAAGACAGAAGGCGCGAAAUUGCUUUACGGAGGCAACAGAGUUGGUGAAAAAGGCUAUUUUGUCGAACCGACUGUUUUUGCUGAUGUAAAAGACGACAUGAAAAUUGCCAAGGAAGAGAUAUUUGGGCCAGUGCAACAAAUUUUUAAAUUCGAUGACCUAGACGAGGUCCUUGAGCGGGCUAAUAAAACCGAUUAUGGGCUCGCAGCUGCAGUUUUUACAAAAGAUAUCGAUAGAGCGAAUCAUCUGGUACAAGGAUUGAGAGCUGGCACAGUUUGGGUGAAUAGCUAUAACAAUUUAGCCACACAAGUGCCAUUCGGCGGAUACAAAAUGUCAGGACAGGGUAGAGAACUUGGAGAAUAUGGCUUGGAAGCCUACACGGAAGUUAAAAGUGUGAUUAUCAAAAUUAACGAGAAAAACAGUUAAAUACAUUAUUAUUAAACUGUUAGUUUCUUGUUUGUUCCGUAAAAAAUGAACAAGAAAUUAAUGUUUCAUCGUAUCUCAUAUUGACUUAAUUUCUUCAUUUGAAUAUGCUGAAAAUGUAUUUGGUAUUUUUCUAUAUUUUUUAAAUACAAACAUAUAUAUAUAU